AUGACUUUGGCAAAUUGCCAUAUUCAAACGUAUCAGUCGGAAUGUGCUCUCCAAUUUUUUCUUCAUCCUCGCCUCGCUGUCGCUGCCGCCGAUUCUUACAGGUCAGCCGAAUACGCUCCCAAGUACGAAGCUCCGGCAUACAAAUCUACAUAUGAAGCCAAAUACGAGGAAUAUUAUUUGAAGACUCCCCAACCUUACGACUUCAGCUGGGCCGUCAAUGAUUACUACAACGACUACGGACACUCUGAGAAGAGCGACGGCAAUGUCGUAACCGGAUCAUACCGUGUCGUCCUUCCCGACGGCCGCACCCAAAUUGUCACCUACAAGGCCGACAGCUACGGAUAUGUCGCCGACGUCAAGUACACCGGUGAAGCCAAGUACCCCGAAUACGUCGCAUCCAACUACAAAGCUACCACCUACUCUGCCCCAGCUUACAAGCCUUCUACUCCGACCUACAGCAAACCAACUUAUUCCGCUCCCACAUACUCUGCACCGGCCAAAAUGGCCCCGGUUUACACCGCCACUCCAGUCUAUAAAACCCCCGCAGUUCAGUCCAACUACUAA